UGACCGCUUCUUCCCCAAUCGCUCAGCUGCCGGGGAGAGGCGAAGGGCAAAGGAACCGCAAUCAUGGAGCAGUUGUAGGGGAUAACGGACAAGCCUCUCCUUCCGGAAGAAAGCAAAUAAACCACAGCUACAUGACCGAAAACGUAAUACCCAAAGCGGCAAACGAGAAACACAAGAUAAUAAUGCAGUUCAAAUACAGAAGAAUCGAAUAAUCUAUUCCAACGAAAGGGUUCUCCGCGAUCCUUCAAGCCGUCCCGUCCCCACAUUGUUCGUCGUAGCAUCAGCUGGCGCAUCGGACGCGGUUGAUCCAUCACCAUCAUCCAUAGUAUGUCCGUGGAGGAGCAACGCUAUUCCGACGCGAUGCUGGUGCUGGAGGCCGGACCGGAGUGGCUGCGAGCCGAGAUCGAGCGCCUUUCCCGGGAGCUGAGUGAGACUACCCAUGAGAAGAUCCAGGCGGCGGAGUACGGGCUGGCGGUGCUGGAGGAGAAGCAGCAGCUGAAACAGCAGUAUGAUGACAUGGAGAUCGAAUACGAGACCGUGCGCCAGGAAUUGGACAUGCUCAAAGAGGCGUUUGGACAAGUCUACUCCAACCAUAAGAAGGUGGCUGCAGACGGGGAGAGCAGGGAGGAGUCUCUGAUCCAGGAGGCGGUGUGUAAGGAGGCCUAUUACGAGCAGCGGGUCCUGGAGCUGCAGACGGAGCUCCGCCAGGCCCGUAAUGUCCUCACCAACACCCAGUCAGAGAACGAACGCCUGGCCUCCAUCACCCAGGAGAUGAGAGAGAACAGCCAGGUGGUGGAGCUGCAGCGGACCCGUCUGCGUGAUGACAUCAAGGAGUAUAAGUUCCGGGAGGCACGUCUGCUGCAGGACUACACAGAGCUGGAGGAGGAGAACAUCUCCCUGCAGAAACAGGUCUCCGGGCUCAAACAGACCCAGGUGGAGUUUGAGGGUCUGAAGCACGAGAUUCGUCGUCUGGAGGAAGACACCCAGUUCCUGAACAGCCAAUUGGAGGACGCAAUCCGCCUGAAGGAGAUCGCCGAGCGACAGCUAGGGGAAGCCCUGGAGACCAUCAAGACUGAGCGCGAGCAGAAGGCCGCCCUGAGGAAAGAGCUAUCCCACUACAUGAGCAUAGGAGACUCUAUGUACCACAGCCCCCUCAGCAUCUCUCUGGAUGGUCUCAAGUUCAGCGAUGACGCAGCCACGGAACCCAACAACGACGAGGCUCUCCAUGGUUACGAGAACGGCUUCAGCAAGCUGGCCAACGCCAUCACUGAGGACAACCGUGCAUCCACGCCCAAGAAUGACCUGUUCCGCCCCGUCCCCAGCCUGGUAGACGACCUGCUGAGUGAACUCAACAUCUCUGAGAUCCAGAAACUCAAACAGCAGCUGCUGCAGAUGGAGCGUGAGAAGGUGUCUCUGGUGUCCACGCUGCAGGACUCCCAGAAGCAGUUGGAGCAGGCCCACGGGGCCCUGGAGGAGCACCAGGACAAGGUCAGCCGUCUCACCGAGAACCUCAACGCCAUCCGGAGGCUACAGGCCAGCAAGGAGCGCCAGUCAGCCCUGGACAAUGAGAAGGAGCGCGACAGCAACGAGGACGGGGACUACUAUGAGGUUGACAUCAACGGACCCGAGAUCCUGGAGUGCAAGUACAAGGUUGCGGUGUCGGAGGCAGGUGAGCUAAAGGAGGAGCUGAAAACUCUGAAGGCGGAGUACCAGUCCUGUCAGUCACACUACGAGGAGGACCGAGGCCGUCUGGAAACUCAUGUCACAGCCCUUGGAGAGAAGCUGGCCUCUCUGGAGAAGACUAGCCACGUGGAGAGAGAGGAGAAGGCCAGGCUGGAGAAGGAGCUGCGCAAGGUGAGUGACGUGGCUGGUGAGUCGCAGGGCAGCCUGAGCGUGGCACAGGACGAGCUGGUCACCUUCAGCGAGGAGCUGGCCACCCUCUACAACCACGUGUGCAUGUGCAACAACCAGACUCCCAACCGCGUCAUGCUCGACUUCUACAAGCAGGGCAAGGGCGGGCGCACCAGUCCUGAGGGUCGCGGCCGCCGCUCCCCCAUACUGCUCACUAAGGGCCUGUUCCCCGUCCCAGAAGCUGCAGACAGCGCCCCGUCCCCUGUCUCCUCUCCCCCCUCACCACGGGAGCCAAUGAACGUGUACAACCUGGUGGCCAUCAUCCGGGACCAGAUCAAGCACCUGCAGCUGGCGGUGGACCGCACCACAGAGCUGUCCCGUCAGAGGAUGGCCUCUUUGGAGCUGGGCACCGUGGCUGAUAAGGACAAGGAGGCCUGCAUGGGGGAGAUCCUCAAACUCAAGUCCCUGCUCAGCACCAAGAGGGAGCAGAUCGCCACCCUGAGGACCGUGCUCAAAGCCAACAAGCAGACGGCUGAGGUGGCGCUGGCCAACCUGAAGAGUAAAUAUGAGAACGAGAAGGCCAUGGUGACGGAGACCAUGAUGAAGCUGAGGAACGAACUCAAGGCCCUGAAGGAGGACGCCGCCACCUUCUCCUCGCUCCGAGCCAUGUUCGCCACACGCUGUGAUGAGUAUGUGACUCAAUUGGAUGAGAUGCAGAGACAGCUGUCUGCGGCGGAGGAUGAGAAGAAGACCCUGAACUCCCUGCUCCGUAUGGCCAUUCAGCAGAAGCUGGCCCUGACCCAGCGCCUGGAGGACCUGGAGUUUGACACCGAGCAGACCCGCCGCGGAGGCAAACCAAAAGCCAGAACCACUAACGGCAGAACCACCAACGGCCAGACCAACACCGCCAACAACCCCCGCGUAAGUCACGGCCUCACCUGUGCCGGCAUCGGCCGCACCAACGAGCCCAACGCCAUGCCCAACGGCAUCCGUGGAGGCCCCGUGGUCUUCUGCAGCGAGAAGUACAAGAUCUACUGCGACUGAAGCGGCUGCGUUGUCAGCACGGGACUGCUGUGUACAGAGGGGAGGAGCCCGAGGCUCUCCCCUGCAUUCAUGUUAAAGAGCCCCACUACGCUCGCUUAGCUCCCUGCCUGCCCAGCCUGCAGCCUCAUAGGGCCUGGUGUGUGUCUAACCUACAGUACAUACGUAUGCCCAUGGCCACGUAUGGCCGCUCACGCCUGCUAGUGUAAACGCUUAGGGGAAUGCAGACGUACAGUGUGCACUAGAAGUUUGGGACUGUUAUAGACAUAAUUUAUGGCAUGUGGAUAGGGUCUCAACCAGCCGCCGUUGGGCUUCUGUGGAUAUUAUGGGGUGCUGUACUUAUGAUGAUGUAAAAGGUGGCAGCUUUUGUGCUUUGUGUGUUCUGACCCCCCUGAGUGUGUUGCCUGGUAACGGUAAUGCGUUUGGGGGGUGGGGACUUGGGAAGAGGGCGUCACUUUACGGGUUCAUGUGACUGAAGUUGACGUCCUCUCCUCGUGUUGCUCGUCUGUUGGCAUUGGUGCUCCUUCGAUAAAGCCCCCCAACCUCCUCUCUCUCCUGGCCCCCCAGGACUGAGCCAGCCCCAGCAACCCGCUGACCAAUCAGGUCACUCUUUAAUGUUUACAUAAACGAAUGAAACAAAAUAAUAUGCAAACUCCCCCUGCUGUUGCUAGGGGAGUCCAGUGUGAUUUGCUGGGUUCUCUAACUGAAUUUUAAAACUCUCGAAGCGGGUUGGCUGAUGAUUAGUGAUGUUGGAGGUGGGUGGUAAAGGAGCACCUAAGACCACAGGUGUUUAAUUUCAGGAUCCUUUAAGCUGUGAUGCUAGUACACCAACACGGUAGAUUCAUUCAGGCCAAUUGCAUGGCAUUGCAGCUGAGAAUGCUACUGAGCUUUUAACAGUUUGUCUAUGUAAAAAGGUGUGUGGCACAGCACAAGCUAUGUACUACAGGGCUCUACAUUUUAACCAGAGCAGUUAUUUAACGUCUGCUGAAACAAACGGAGGGCUAUUCCAUGUAACCCAGUAUAUGUCAUAUUGGUGUUCUUUCAGAGCCAUAUUACUAGAGAACGAAAGCAAGACAAAACGGUCUCUACACCUAAAUUAAGUGCACUUCAGAAUAGGUGCCUCAGGUUCUAACUUCUAUUAGAAAAUGAUCAAAUAACUGUGAACAGAUACAAUAUAGUUUUGAUUGAUGGUGAUUUUUGUAACAGAAAAUAUCCUAAAAGAGCACAACAAUCAAUGGCACCCAGAUCCGGAUCAUAAUUCUGCAAACAAAACCGACAACCCUCGGCAAAGUGCCUGUCGACUCAAACACUUGAUAUCAACUAUAUCUAUCUGUCGAUGUAAAGCCCCGUCUUUGUGUCUAUCACCCUAAUGCUGAUCUCUCUCUCUCCCUCUAUCUUCUCUCCCUCUCUUUUGGAGGCCCUUUUGAGCUCUCAAAUGAACUAUGUGUGGUUAUGUGGCUGAAAACCCUGUCCUCCUCCUCAUGUCUCUAACCUGUGUGUCGUUGCUUGGUUGUCAUGACAACCCCUCUCUCUCUUUUAGAUUGUCAGCAGCUUGCUCGCCCUGAAACGCCGCUCUCCCUUUAAGUAGAGAGGGGGAUUGUGGGAAAAAAAACUCUGAAUAUUGUUAGGUAAUGUCCUCACGCGUAUGCGUGUUCUGAACCCUGCCUCUGUGUGUGUGUGUGUGUGUGUGUGUGUGUGUGUGUGUGUGUGUGUGUGUGGACGUGUUUAACUA